AACCACUGCAUCUGGGAGAGGAACCAAACCCAGAUGCAACUCGGUCCUGYUGUCACCUCGUGCAAGGAGCCCGGUUUGCAGAGUGGGAGAAAAAGACUCAUUCAAAUUCAGACCAUGUGGACAGGAAGUAACUGAAUUUCUGAUAGCAAAGAUCAGAUUCUUUUUGGAGAGGGCCUCGCAGACAGGGUACCUACAGCUGCACAACACAAUUCCCCAAUAAAUACUGUGAAGGUUAUAUAUAUAUUUAUAUGUGUAUAUAAAUUAAAAAAAAAAAAAAAACAAACAGAUAUAGCUGCUGCCCUCUUAGCUGCCUUGGUGUCCUACCAGGCUGAGUGAGCUGCUCGGAGAGGGGAACUCCCUGUGUACUGUAGCACGUGGUUCUGCUAAAAAUAUCCCUGGUCAGGAGAUUGGGAUGUUUUUUCUUCUUCUGUCUGAUGCCCUUUUAAUCAUUAAAUUAACGUGGUGACUUUGAUUCCGUUCUCACGAAUACUGCACGCCGGUAAGGGGAGGAGCCGCGGAGGGGUGUUGGUGAGGUGUUCUGCUGAGCCCAGCCCGCAGUGAACACAUCCAAGCCACCAAAACUCACGUGGGCUCCCCACGGGGCGUGCAGGGAGCGGGGCGGUGGAUGCGCUUCCUGCUGGGGCGGGGCGGACCGGAGCCCAUGGCUGGCACCGCGGAGCUGGAGCGGUGGCUCAAUAAGGCCACAGACCCGAGUAUCCCCGGGGAAAACUGGGAAUGCAUCCAGCAGUUCUGCAACCAGGUGAACGCCGACAGCGAGGGCCCGUUGUUUGCGCUGAGGCUGCUGGCACACAAAAUCCAGUCCCCUCAGGAGGGGGAAGCUCUCCAUGCWCUCACAGUGCUGGAGACCUGUGUGAACAACUGUGGUGACAGAUUUCACAGUGAAAUGGCAAAAUUCAGGUUUCUGAAUGAGCUGAUWAAAGUGCUUUCCCCAAAGUACUAUGGAAUUUGGUCUUCAGAAAAAGUCAAGUCGAGGGUCGUAGAGGUGAUAUUCAGUUGGACAGUCUGGUUUCCUCAGGAAGUCAAAAUCCAGGAUGCUUAUCAGAUGCUGAAGAAACAAGGGAUUGUAAAAGAAGAUCCCAAACUACCAGAGGACAAAAUUUUACCUCCCCCUUCUCCAAGACCUCAGAAUUCUAUUUUUGACACAGAUGAAGAGAAAUCCAAGCUCCUGGCCAGGCUCCUGAAGAGCAGCCACCCCGAGGACCUGCGGGCAGCCAACCGCCUGAUCCAGAGCGUGGUUAAAGAGGAACAAGAAAAAUCAGCUCAGGUGUCCCGAAGAGUGAACGCCAUCAGUGAGGUUUCUGAGAAUGUCAAACGUAUGGAUGAGUUACUGGAGAACUACAGGAGACAUGAAUUAUCCCCAGCUGACCAGGAGACCCUACAGGCUCUGCUCCAGCGCUGUGAGAAGCUCAGGCCRCUGCUCUUCCGUCUGGCCAACGAAGCGGUGGCUGACGAGGAGGCUCUAGCUGAGAUCCUGCAGGCCAAUGACAAGCUCUCAAGUGCCCUGGGGCAGUACAGGCAGGUUGUGGCCAGCCAGGAGAACRGGGAUGGAGCAGAUUCAGCUGCCAAUUCUGCCCAUGCACCAGCAYGUCGAGCAGCCCCGCGGCGCAUGAAGAGCUACACCCUGAUCGACUUCUCYGAGCUGGAGGCCAUGGCCCAGACUKCCCCAGAACCCUUUGCAGACACWCCCUCGGCCUCCCGCCACAGCAGCACAACCUCCACCUGCCUGCUCGAGGAGGAUUUACAGUCCUUAGGUCUCAGCAGCUCCCCUGUCAUUUGGAAACCACCACCUGAUUUUGACCUUGCAGAGAAUGAACUCAAAGUGCCUAUUUUCCAGCCUGCUCUACACAAUGGAUUUAGGGAAGGUGCAAGUGCUCAAACCUUGGGACCACAGSAGAGCUGGGAAGACAGCUGUGCAGGGAAAAGUGAAUUCCAGAGCCUGGAUGAACAGCUUUCUCCACUAUCCAGGACCAAGACAUUCUCUUUGGAUUUAUCACCAAUGAAACUGCCCUUUCCAGAUCUUCCAAAAAACUCAGUGGCAGAUCCUCCACUCCUCAGUCCAGGCUACGAGCUGAAGCCUACUGCCUCUUUGCAUCCUGCUUCCUAUGAUGCUUCUCUAGAAAACCUUUUUGUCCCUUUAAUUUCAGUUACACCGAGCACUAUCUGUCCACUCACUGUGUAUGAUAGGAAUGGUUUMAAGGCCAUGCUCCACUUCUCCAGGGACCCAGCUCCUGGCCGGCCAGAUGUGCUGGUGAUGGUUCUAUCCAUGCUGACCACCUCACCUCACCCCAUUAAGGACAUAGUGUUCCAGGCUGCAGUCCCAAAGACCAUGCAAAUAAAGUUACAACCAGCCUCUGGUUCUGAGCUGCCAGCCUUCAACCCUCUCCUGCCGCCUGCAGUGGUGUCCCAGGUGCUGCUGCUCGCCAACCCACUCAAGGAUCCCAUCCGACUGAAGUACAAACUGGUGUUCACGCAGGGCGUGCAGCCCUUCAGUGAGGUGGGAGAAGUGACAGAYUUUCCAGAAGCAGAGCUCUGGGGCAGGAGCUGAAGCCCAGCUGGCUCGGACACUGCCAUGUUGCCUUAGCCACGGAUGGGGAGGGACUGGGGGCCAGCAGUGCUGGCCAGCACUCUGUAAGGGCACCAUUUCUCAGGAUCUGCCACCUUCUUYUUCCUUUUCGUGCCUAGCAGGAGUGUCAAUUAGCUGCUUCUGCCUCAGCCUUUCCCUGUAGCUGAGCCGGCUUUACAGGAGCCUGCUGGAGAGCCCCGCCGCCUCGGUGCUUCUGCCACGCACACCUUUCCUGCUGCUUUCUGGGCCAUUUCCCCUUUACUUUUUGAAUUAAAAAAAAAAAAAAUACUCUACACCAGCAUUCGGCCCCUGUGCCAGCCUGCCUGGGGGCAGGGCAGCGCCUGUUCCAGGGACACCGGGACACCCCCGGCCCGUUUUCCCGGGGUUUGUGCCGAGGUGCAGCGGGAGCUGAG